AUGUUUCAGAAGGAGGCUUGUGCGAUUUGCUGGGAGGAGUUUUCAGCUCCUGAGAUGUUUGAGGUUGCCGGUUGCUUGCACAGCUUCUGCUUGGAUUGCAUGAGAAACAGUAUUGCAGUAAGCCUAGGGCAAUGGGGAACAGCAGUAAAGUGCCCAGGGUUUGGUUGCAACUCGGUACUUCUGGCAAAGGACUGUCACAACAUUGCAAAUCAUGAUCAAAUUGCUCUUAUGAUCCAACGUGAGGAGGAGGACAAGAUUCAUGUUUUGGAUAGGGUCUACUGCCCAAACCCAACUUGUUCUUUUCUCAUGUCAAAAGGUAGCCUUGGUGCUUCUCAGACUCAGACGGGAGCUUCUAAGUGCCUCAAAUGUAGCUUCACCUUCUGCAUUAAGUGCAACACAAAAUGGCACGCUAAAAUGACUUGUGUUGAGUUCCUUAAGUCCAAGGAUUAUAAGAAAUCUCAAGAUGCACUUUUUGAAGCUGCAUCCAGGACCCUCGGAUGGAAGAAAUGUCAAAAUUGUCAGUCCACUGUCGAACGUAUUGAAGGCUGUAACCACAUUACGUGCAGUCGAUGCAAACAUGAGUUUUGUUACACUUGCGGAGCUCCCUGUAUAAAGAAGAAGGCUACAUGCAAAUGCAAUAUCUGAUGCUUUAGUUCAAUGGAGGUAUGAAGCUGCUUUAGUUCAAUGGAGGUAUGAAGCUAUGUUUGAUAAAGUUUGCAUAUAACUGGAAUCAGCUUAUGUUUGAUAAAGUUUGCAAUUAGAUUUGUAAAUAAGUGGAAUGGGCAAGACUCUUUUUGAUAAAGAGAGUUUGAUAAAAUUGUCUCACUCCAGUAGUCACUUGUUGCAAGACUCUGUUUUUGUGUAAACACAUUUAGUUGAUUCAUAUAUCGAUUUAAGACUCUGUUU